UAGCUACGUUACACACGCAUGUUCGAUCAGGCGCGUGCGUAUGGCACGCCUAUAAUUUGGGCGCGGGGUGUAAAUCUUCAUGGGAUGUUGUGGCAGGUUAUUAGACCGUCGAUAAAGAUGGGUUUGUAUCAAGGGGCUCUUUGCUGCUUCCCAGCGAGAUGAUAGCAUCUGAGGAUGGAAAAUUCAGAUGAUCUUAGGAGUCGUCUCCGACUCGAUAAUGGAACUGCGGUCAACGGUGACGUAUGUUAUAAGAGCCAUACUACCCCGGGCAGUACAACAGACAAGAUAACUUUCACAGUAUAUAACCCCAUAUUACAUUUGGGCACACUAGAUAUUCACUUUUGGCCUGGUAGCCAGCGGGUUUCUGGCUGGGUCAUAUCCUAACUAUUACUACAUCUUUCACUCUGUUGAAUCUGUCGUUCUCCUGAGCUUGCGGUAUCGUUACUACAAGAAGGGAAGCAACCACUACUUUCUCUUUGACUUUUGCUACUUUGCGAAGCUCUUGACCUUCCUCUAUCUAUGGGGACCUUUCUCUGACUCAUUUCGAGGGGCACUCUUUCCGAUUGUGUUUGGAUUUAGCCACGGACCACUGCUAGGCUCUGUGGUACUCUGGAGAAACUCCCUUGUGCCUCACUCCACAGACAAGAUGACAAACGUGUUUGUCCACGUCUCACCUGCUGUGACACUCUGGGGAAUCAGAUGGUUUUCUACUAACGAACAGGGAUUUCCCCUCUGUGAGAACCCCACUGCCCCAGGCCCACAUGGCUGUGAUCAUAUUGGAGUGAAUGAGAGACUGUAUCAUCCAAUGCUAGCAUACCUUAUUUGGCAGGCUACCUACAUUGUAGUGAUAUUUUUCUGGAGGAAGGAGAGGAUCAGAGAGAGGUCCUACAACACGGCCUACCUGUACCUAGCGGAGGAGACCAACAACAAGAGGGGGAUGCUGUACUCCAUGUGCUCUGCACUAGGUCCUCGCUACUGCAAACUGCUCUACAUGGCCUGGCACUUUGUCUACACUAUUGGAUCCCUCCUCAUUGGAUACCCUUCCUUUCACUAUCCGACGUUCAGUGUUGUUCUCAUUGCAAUCAUGUUGAUGGUGGCAGCCUACAAUGGAGCCACUUACUACAUGGAUUUGUUCAAUCGUCAACUAACACCUAACACUAUAGUAUACCACCAGCAAUAACAAUACUGACCACCCAUGUAUUGUGGACCUUGUUUUUAUCGUUGUGAAAUA